CCGCAGCCGCAGGGGGCAGAGAAGGCGGCGGACUCAGUGGAACCUCCCCGGCGGCCGCUUGCAACCCGCGCCGCCCACCCCCGGGUGCUGCUCUCUCUCGGGAGCCAAGGUCGGGCCGGCCUCCCCGCCUGGAGCAUCCUGGGCAAUGUAGUCCCCGGAGCCCGGCCGUCGGGCGGCCCCAGAGAGGCUGCAGCGCGCGGAGAGGCCAUGGCAGAGGUGGCGGUUCGGCCGUGCAAAGCCGAGGACUGCCCGCAGGUCGUGCGCCUCAUCCGGGAACUGGCAGAGUUUGAGAACCUGUCCGAGCAGGUAAAAAUCAGUGAUCAAGAUUUCUGCGAAGAUGGAUUUGGCAAAGACCCCUUCUAUAAAUGCUUGGUGGCCGAGGUGCCACCGGAACCCCACAGUCAAGAUGGCCACAGGAUCGUCGGCUACGGCCUUUAUUUCUUCACUUACAGCACCUGGAAAGGAAGGAAUAUUUACGUGGAAGAUCUCUACGUGAUGCCAGAAUUUCGGGGAAAAGGGAUCGGGAAGAAACUGAUGAGCUCAGUUGCUCAGAUGGGCUUGCAGCAGGGCUGCACCCAGAUGAGGUUAGCAGCACUGGAUUGGAACCGCUCCGCCAUUGACUUCUACCUCCGCCGAGGGGCCGUGGACCUCACCGCCAAGGAGGGCUGGCACGUCUUCCGCUUUGAGGCAGACGCCAUGCGAGGGCUGGCCCUGGGGGAGCCGCGAUCGGGCCAAGGCCCUGCACACAUGUGAAGGAUGGAGGUGCAGCAAUCUCUGCGCUGGGCGAGCGGAGAAGGAAGUUCGUCUUCGCCGGCUCUCCUCUGGAGGAGCCCAGGAGGGCCUUAAUCCCAUGAGAGUCGGGGGGGGGGCAUCAGGGGCAUCCUAUAGGCCAUGUGAACUGGCUCUUGCAUAGAAAUUAAAACAGAUGAACA